AUGCCCGCGCUGCCGAGGCUCGCCGCGCCGCCGCCGCCGGCGGCCGCGUCCGCACGCCGCAGGUCUCUGACUCUGCCGCCGCCGCCACGUCCCCCAGACUGCUCCUCCUCCUGGAACAGCCGGAGGCGCUCGCCGCUGCGGCCCUCGGCAACCGACGCUGGCGCGCCCCGCGGAGGCCCGCUCCCGGAGCCAGUGGAAGUCGACCAGCUCCUCCUCGCUGCCCUCCGCGCCGCUCGCAUCCGCGACGAGGAGUCUCGCCGCUCAGAUCCUCUUUUCAUCGAUACAUAUGCUGCUGUUCUUCUUUCACAUGAUGUGGCACAUCAUCACAUGGAUUAUCUAGAUUCACAUGCAGUGCCUUGGCAAGAUCAUUAUAGGCUAACAACCAGAUAUAUUGAUGACAAAUUACAGAAUUUGAUCAACAAUUCAGAAGAUAUUAGACAGGUUGUUCUGUUGACAGAUGGAAUGGACACUCGUCCGUACAGGCUGAACUGGCCAAGGUUGUCUGUUAUAUAUGAUGUGUCACCAGGAAAAGUAUUCACUGCAGCAACUAAGCAGCUCAGAGGAACUGGAGCGAAAGUGUCGCGAAAUUGUGUCUUGCUUCAUACUUCUUUGGAAUCCCAUGAUUUACAAGCGGGGUUGAGAAAAAAUGGUUUCAACGGGAAUAGGCUCAGCUUGUGGGUACUGCAGGGUUUACCUCUGUCCACAACCACAAGUUUGGAAAAUCUCUUGCUUGUCAUAAGCAAUUUAGCAAUGAAAGGAAGUAUCUUCAUAGGAGAACUGCCCCAUUUUCCAGACUGUACAGCACCAAUGGACAUGGGCUUGGAACACGAGAAUCUGGAAAAGCUUUUCUUUAAUCAGGGCUUUCGAGUCAGCUUUGUGCAAUAUGACAAUGUUGCAAAGGAUAUUGGCUUAGAUCUAGCUACUCCAUGGGAACAAUGUGGCAGAAUGCUUUUUGUUGCAGAACAGCUGCGGUUUUCAGAUGCACAAAUGGAGAGCUUCCGGAUUCAUUUUGAAAGAAUUGAUGCCGACGCUGACGAAGAAGGAUUUGAGGAACUAUAG